AUGUACACCAGUCGCUCCAUCAGCUCCUCCUCUGCUCGCUCUGGCCCCGGUCGCCGCGCUGUGGGCAGCGUCUAUGGGGGCGCAGGGGGGUCCGGGGUGAGGAUCUCCAGUGCCAGCGGCGGGUCUCAGGGCGCGGGCUUCGAGGUGUCCGAAGGGCUGGACAUGAACGAGAAAGGAACCAUGCAGAACCUCAACGACCGCCUGGCCACCUACCUCGAAAAGGUGCGCAGCUUGGAGAAGUCCAACGCCGACCUGGAGAUGAAGAUCAGGAAUUUCCUGGACAACCGGACCUCUAUCUCUAUGCACGACAGCUCCGCCCACAGGGUCACCAUCGCCGGCCUCCAGGAAAAGAUUGUUCACGCUGCACAUGUGAACGCCAGUCUGUUCUUGUCUGUGGACAACGCCAAACUGGCAGCCGACGACUUCAAAGUCAAGUAUGAGAACGAGCUGGCCAUGCGUCAGUCGGUGGAGGCAGACAUCAUGGGGCUGAAGAGGGCCCUGGACGAGCUGACCCGCGCUCGCUCAGGCCUGGACAUGGAGCUGGAGGGUCUGAAGGAUGACCUCUUCCAGAUUAAGAGGCAGCACGAGGAGGAUCUGAUGGCUCUGCGCUCCAACAUGGGAGGCUCUGUGAACGUGGAGGUGGACGCCGCUCCUCAGCAGGACCUCAGUCUGGUCAUGGCUGGAAUCAGAGAGCACUACGAGGGCGUGGCUGACAAGAACCGCAGGGAGCUGGAGGCCUGGUUCCAGACCAAGAGCACUGAGCUGAACAAAGACAUGGCCUCGAGCACCGAGACCCUGAAGAGCAGUCGCACUGAAAUCUCGGAGCUCCGCCGCACUCUGGACACUCUGCAGAUCAAACUUCAGGCUCAGCUCAGCAAGAAAGGAGCUCGGGAGGCGAACCUGGCCGAGGUGAACGAGCGCUUCGCCAUGAUGAUGCAGAGGUUUCAGCAGCAGGUGGUGUCGCUGGAGGAGCAGCUGAGUUCGCUCCGAGGAGACCUGGCCAAUCAGAAGGAGCAGUACAACAUCCUGCUGGACAUCAAGACCCGGCUGGAGCUGGAGAUCGCAGAGUACCGCCGACUGCUUGAUGGAGAGAAUGAAAAGCAAUCUGUGACCACCACCACCACCAGGACCAAAGUGGUGACCAUCAUCCAGGAAGUGGAUGAGCACGGAAACGUCAUUGGAUAG